AGGAACGGCGUGUACUUUCCUGGGGACUAUACACAGCCGGACUGUACCACUCGCCAUGGAGUAUAGGGAACGCCGCCGAAGUGGGUUAGUCCAUUACCUGGCAUCAGUGCUGUGCCGUAUGUUGUAGCUAUUGACGUGGACUGUACCAUAUUUCCUAGGGGAGUGAGAAAAGACAUAGGGGCACCAUGGCUGAAGAGGAGCAGUUUGUGAACAUUGACUUGAAUGAUGACAAUGUCUGUGGCAUCUGCAAGCUGGGCACCGACAUAGAGACCCUGUCAUUUUGUCACAUUUGCUUUGAGCUGAGCAUUGAGGGCAUCGCAAGGUCAGAUCUUCUGCACACCAGAUCUUUGCGAGGGCACAAGGAUUGUUUUGAGAAAUAUCACCAAAUUGCAAACCAGGACUGUCCUCGGUCUAAGUUAGCCAAGAGUCCCUAUGAGGAAGUCAAAACUGUUUUAACUAAAAAAAUAAACUGGAUUGUUCAAUAUGCACAAAAUAAAGAUUUAUACUCUGAUUCAGACUGUUCCAAACCCUCUCAGCACAAGCUUUAUAAAUUCAGACAUCUAAAUGACCGAAGUCUGCAUCCCCAGAAUGAUCUGCAGGUUCCCAAAUACUCUGAGAAGUGGCUGAAUGCCGGAGCUUGCGGCAUAUCCGCAUGUGGACAAGGAAUCUUAGAUCAAGGCGACGCCAGAGAUUUCAACAUGAGUGUGCUAGAGAACGCUAACAACGCAUUUUGCCGUAGCCAUUUGUGGCCUAAUGGAUGCAAAGAACAUGAAGCAGGUAUCUCAAACCUUCAGUCUGAAGCUAAUGUUCAGAGAAAUCACCAGCAUUACAGUAAGGAGGAAGUGAGUUUGAUGAGCAGAGAAGAACUGGGAUGUUUAAAUGAACACCUACAACGGCAAAUACAGGAUGUGUUUGAAGAUCUCAGUUGCGUCUUGCAGGAAAAGGACGCACUGACCUCUGAACUCCAUGUACGACACGUUGCCAUAGAACAGCUACUUAAAAACUACUCAAAGCUGCCGUGUAUCCAGACGGGACGGGCCAGAUUGAAAGGGAAUAUUGCUAUCAAUAACUAGUACAUGAGAACUUCUCCAGUCUGCAAAGGGAAUCACCUGACCAGCCUCGAGCAAUAACACAUACACCUGUCUUGCUUCAUGAAUCAGAUGUGAUACUCCAAAACUUCA